AUGACAGAGCACUGUCUUGUAAUGUGUGGUGAUUGGCGCUGCUCUGCCUCUGGUGGAUGGGAUUUCAUGGUGGACAAGACCUUGAUGUCUCGAGUAGUGUCUGUUUCUGUUGGGAUUAGUCUCGUUGAGCUAAAAGAACGUGUUGUUGCUGAGUUCUUCCCACGAGGAAGAUCCGCUUUGACUGUUGCUCUCAGUUACUGGCCACCUAAUACCGCGGAGCUUGCUACCGGGAUUCGGACUCCGCCAGUCCUUCUCACUAACGAGGGUAGUAUUUCGUUUUUCUUUAAACAUUACAACGUAAACCACUCGAUGAAUCUGUUUGUUACUUUCGGGUACGAGACCCCCGAUAAUCUUGAAGAAUGUUAUAUAACACCAGGCGAGGGGAAGAAAAGGCCGAACAUGUUCGAUGAUUUGCAAGGCCAUGCUAAGAAGGUGUGUCCUGUCUCUGCGGGUGUUAGUAGUUGUUCUACCAGGGUUGGUGCUAGUGUUUUGGUUGGUAAACAGUUUUCAUUCGAGGGUUUGGGAGACUCUAGAUGCAAAGGUUCUGACAAGGGAGACUCCAUAGGUGUCUCAGGAGGCUAUGGGUUUGACAAGAGCAAGACGAAUAGCAAAGGUUCUUCUUCCGGUUUCAGAAAUAGCGAUGAUGCAUUUGGAAGAGACUCGAAGUUUAUGGAGGACGUUUUUUUUGGUGAUCCUUUGGUAGGGGAAAACACUGAAUUUGUGGAUGGUUUAAUCGCCUCAGAUUCUGAUGACAGCUGCGGCGAAUUGCCUUCUGAAACGUGUGAUGUACGUCCAGUGGGUUACGACAAAGAGUUUUGGAUGCCAAUGAUCAACGAUCCUUUUGGCGGGUCAGAUGCUGUAGAUAUUAUGUGUCCUCCUAGCGAAGGUUUCGAUGGCAAAGCUGCUGCAGCUGGGAAACGCCGGCAGGUACUGUGUUCUACUAACGAUGCGUUUGAUCACUACAUUGUUACGGGUGGUUCAUCACCGGAUGUUAAGGCUGAAGGCGAUCCUCCAAGAACCUCUGUUCCUGUUGGUGGAUUCGACUACGGGCGUUCAUUUGUAGCUGACCGUCGCUCACUUGAUCAUAUAGAUGACGAGGAGUUCGACAUCCCACCACUUUUCGACGACACAAAAUAUGUGAGCGACAAUAUCCCUGAUUUGGAUAUUGAUGAUGGUGGUGGCGGUAUAUUCGAAGGUAGAAUGUUUAACAGCAAAGAAGAGUGUCAAAUUGCUUUGGCGAUCUAUGCAAUCAAAGAAAUGUUUCACUUCAGACAGUCUACAACUAAGAGGCAUUACUUCAUCGCUACCUGCGUAGACCCGCGUUGUGAAUGGAGAAUCCGUGCAAAAGAAGUAGGGGAUUGUGGUUACUACGAGAUACAGAAAGCCUCCCUCGGCCACAGUUGUUGUAUAGACUCUCGCAAUGCAUAUAAGAAGAAGGCAUCUUCUCGUGUUAUCGCUGCUGUGUUCAGAGCUAAAUAUGGCGAUCCGGAGAAAGGCCCUAGAGCAUCUGAGUUGCAGCGGAUGGUUUUGGAGGAGUUACGUGUUCAUGCUUCUUAUAUGAAAUGUUACCGAGCUAAGGAGAAAGCAAGCGUUGAUGUUCGAGGAACGGAAGAAGAUCCAAAGAAGUAUCGCCGCCCGGCCACUCGUACAAGGAGAAAGAAUGCCGUAGAUGAAUCAUGUCUUUGA